AUGAGGAUUCCUACUGUGUUGGCGGCUCUCGCAGUUGCCCCGGUUAUUUCUGCUCAGAGUGUCACUUCGGCAGCGACGAGUGUUUCGACUGUCUUUUCCACAGAGACCGGUCUUCCGUGCUCUACACUCAGAGGACCGACCCCUUUCGUUAUUUUCGGUAUCACGACCAGCUUCCAAUUCACCUACACCGUGACGCAGAACAACACCCUCCCCCCGACCACACUCCACUCGGCAAACACUGUCACCGUUACGCGCAACUCGACCACGGUGACGAGUCUCGUGACAACAACCGCCACUGCCACUGUCACGAGCACGAGUACGCCUGCUGCAGUCACUGUCUCGCCGUCGCCCGGUUGGCUUCCACUUCAGGGUGCGCAGGCUGUUGCGUCAGCUACACCUCUUCCGCGCAUCGCCCGUGGUCAGCUCCAGGGCCAAUCGACGCCUUUCGAUCUCUUCAAGCGCGAAGAGCCCAUCACCAGGCAGAUUGGAUGGAUUGCAGACCCCAACACUGGGGAUCGAGUGCCACUUGAGCAGACCUGGUACACUCUCGCCAUCUUCUGCCCCAUCCGUAUCACACAAAGCCUUGAGUACCAUGUCACGGACCCAGAAGUUACCACCACUCAGCAAGCCACUGGUACGGCUGUUGCUACUACCACUGUUACCACAACUACGUCCAUGCUUGUGUCGGCGGCAACGCCAACCUUCUGGGCUGCUUGCCAAGCUAAUAACAUUGUGAACCACAUCGACUACGACAACAACGGCCUUCCCAUGUACUUCGAUGGCGUCUACUUCAGGCGCGGAAGCGGCAACAACACGGAUAUCAACGAAAUUGGCGUAGAUGCCACAGACCCAGUAGACUGUUGCAUCAAGUGCCAGUCUGCAGCCGAAGGUUGCUCCGAAGCCUUCUUCGUCCCCGGCGAAGGCAAAUGCCAGAUGCGCCUCCGCCGCACCAUCUCUCCCGUCCAGUCUGGCCUUCCUCUGCCUUCCGAAUUCCCCACCGGAACCGCCACGGGUGCCAUCGCUGCUUCGACCGGCGGCGUCAACAUCAAUGCUGUCUGCCCCGGCGGUUCUCUGAGCGACUACGUGGGUGUGAUUCGCGGCCGCGAGAGCUUCAAGCGCGAGCUCGCGUGGAGCUUCACCAAUGGGCCAUGUGGCCGUCUGAGCGUGAACACAGUGCCCCAGGAUUUUCCGGGCAAUGUGACGACCCCGAGCGAGACGGCAGUGGGUGUGCUACCGGUGUCGACGCCGUUCAAGAGGGCUGUCAAGCUUCUGUCUUAA